AUGUUUGUCGACAGCUAUGGAGGCUUGCUAAGGCCACUCCAAGGCGGCUGCCGCAACCCUCGGCGGUACUUCGCGCACAAGAACCUCCUGGAGCUGACAGAUCGAGGGUUCUUUCAAGGCAUUUUCCCCGAUACGGCUGCGCCCAAGAUGAAGCAGCUAUUCACCAGCGGCCAGCAGAGCAUAUAUGCCGGUUUCGAUACUGCUGCGGAUAGCCUACACGUGGGAAAUCUCUUGGUUAUCAUGGGCCUGCUCCACUGCCAACGAGCCGGCCACAGGCCCAUUGCUCUAGUGGGUGGAGCCACUGGGCUAAUCGGUGGUCCAAGUGGUCGCAAAACGGAACGCAAUAAAUUGGGAGAGUCUAUAAUCGAGAGCAACCUGAAUGCCAUCGAGCAGCCUGAGAACCAUGAAAAGUGCCUCUGGGACAACCGUAAAAACAGCACUCCUCUGCAGCCAUUAACGAUUGUCAACAAUGCUGAAUGGUACGCCAAUCUCCACCUGAUAGACUUCAUUGCCAACAUGGGCCAACACUUUCGCAUGGGCUCAAUGCUGUCUCGGUCGUCGGUCCAAUCGCGCCUAGAGUCGGAGGAUGGCAUGAGCUUCACGGAGUUCACCUACCAGAUAUUCCAGGCCUACGACUGGCUCCAUUUGCUGCGCAAGCACAACUGUUGUUUCCAAAUGGGCGGCUCCGACCAGACGGGCAAUCUGAUGACCGGCCACGAGCUGAUCAGCCGUGUGGAGCGCAAACGAGAGGUGUUUAGGAUGACACUGCCCAUAGUAACCAACGGGGGGGACAAAUUUGGAAAGUCGGCGGGCAAUGCUGUGUGGCUGGACGAGAACAAGACAUCGCCCUUUGCCCUUUAUCAGUUCUUUCUGCGAAUGCCAGACUCCGAAGCAGAGAAGCUGCUGAAACUGUUCACCUUCAUUCAGACGCUGCUGGCGGAGGAUGUGACAUUGCUUGUGCAUGGCGAAAAUGGACUAAAGCAGGCUGAGCGCGUUACCAAUGCACUGUACAAAGGGAACGUGGAUGGCGAACUGAAUUAUGCCGAGAUAAAGCAGACGUUCCAGGGAGCCGCUGUAGUGGAUCUACUGACAGAGCCGGGAAUGUCCAUACUGCAGCUGGCCAUGAAGGCGAAGUGUUUCCCUGCAGAGACCGAUGCAGUUCGUAUUAUAAAUGCUGGAGGCUUCUAUGUCAACCAGAAGCGAGUACAGAACAUUGCCGAAGUGAUAACUGCGGGCAUACACAUACUCCGAAAUGGCGUUUCCCUGCUGCGGGUUGGAAAGCGGAACUUCUACAUAGUUCAUUCGAUUUGUCCGCUGUUUUGUGUUAAAUAAUCUAUAUUUUUUAUCUAUAUUU